ACGAGGAAUUCAGUACUUAAAAAGGCUACAAGCGAGCAUUGCAUAUUUCUUCCAACAGGAUUCCUUUCAGCGCUUUCAGAUAACGAUUCGCAAAAUGACACUAAAACUUUCCAACUGUUCAGUUUAUUUCGUUGCAUUAUAACAAGAAUAUUCAAUAAAUUUAUUACUAUUUUACGAACUGCAACUGAUUAACAUACUUCUAAAUACUCCUUACCCAUAACAGUAUUUGAAAAGAAUUAGUCUGCGGCGAUUGUUGUUUUGUUUUUCGAAUUUUCUGAUUUAUAUUAUAUGAUGCUAUUUCUCUGAAAGUUUUAUAAUUGUAUUUUUAAGAAGAUAUGGGGAGGCAGCGUAAGAAGCGUUGUCUUAAAACUAAGAAGGAAGAUGUUGGAGAUGGUACCUAUGAGUCUGAAUCAGUAUUGAAUAGUGGUGUUGCAAAUUCUUCUUCUGUUAAUGAAUCCUCUACAAAGCUGGUGUCAUCCAAAGACAUUUAUAGGGUUGAUGAAUCUCCUUUGAACUCAGGUUCUCUGAGAACAGCCUUAAGCUCUUCUCCAAGAGGAACUCAGCCCCCUACAACAAAGCCAGAUGCAUCGACAGACGUGCAACGCAUUGAACCUAUGGAUGUUUCCAAUGCAGAAAAGGAAUAUUCCUCAACUACCGAAGUACGAAUGCAACGUACCACUUUAAAAGUCCAUAUUUCAAGAUGUAUUCGUCGCAGAACAUGGCCAAACAUAAAGAGAGAACCAAAAGAAUUUAAAACUUCACCUGAAGAUCUUUUGAUGACUUAUGGUGUUAAUGCUUAUCAGUUUUGGGCUCGAAACAAAAAUAAAGAUAUUACUAAAGGUAGUAAAAGGUAUAAGGAAGAUAUCUUAGCUGUACCUCUGCACCAGUGGAAUAAAGUUUUAUCUUCUUUUAUUCAAACUAUGACUGAUCCUAAUGAACGUACCCUUUCCGGUGGAGCAAUACUGUACAUUGUAUUAGGUCGAUCUCUCUCUCUAAUCGAAGAGGAAACUCUGUGGCAAGCUGGUCAGCUAGGUGCUCAUUCACCUGCAGUGUUGCUAUCAUCGAUUUUAUAUUUUAAUACAAAAUACUUCAAACUAAGGAGUGUGAAAUCGCAUGCAAAUCUGCGAUUUAAACAUGUUUUUGUUUAUGACUUAACUAAUGCUGCUGGAAAAAGAAGCUCAGCCAUAAGUUUUGAGCCAGAAGAAGUUAUAGAUUUAACAGAUGAAAAUAAAGAGCCAGAACCUAAACAAGAUGAAAUAUUAUAUGAUCAACAAAGCAUUGAAGAUUCAGUUAGAUGUCCGGUGCAACUGUACAAAUUUUAUCUUUCGAAAUGCCCUAAAUCUGUGAAAGGAAAAGAAGAUAAGGUUUAUCUAACACCCAUAAAAGGUUGCAGCCCGGAUUCAGAUUAUUGGUACUCAUCAGAACCUCUUCCUGAAGUUAAAAUAUUUCGUAUGCUUCAGUAUUUUCGUUAUGUUCAAGAAAUAAAACAAUUUUAAAAAUCAA